AUGGCAGAAGUUGAUCCUCCCAAGAAGUGGAAUGCUCUGUUUACUGGUAAUCAAGAGCGCACUGUUGCGAGUGAAUUGGAAUUCAUUUCUCCAGCGAUAAAAAAUGGCGAAAGAGUGGUUACUUUUGAAUCUAAUGAAAUUAGGGCAGAAGAAGAAAAAUGGAAGAAUGCAAUUGUGGGUUGCGUUUAUGGUAUGUACCCUAGAUUUGAAAGAAUUGCCGCUUUUGUGAAGAACAGGUGGGGGAAUAGAGGACUACGAAAUGUUCACAGAAUCAAUUCAUCAAUGUUCCUUUUUGAAUUUGAUUCAGAACAGGACUGUAAUGGAGUUCUGGGAUCUGGUCCAUACACUUUUGAUCAGAGACCAUUUUUAUUGAAGAAGUGGCAGCCUCGUAUGGCCAUGGACUUAUCAGUUAUCAAAAGUGUUCCUGUUUGGAUACAACUUCCUGGGCUACCAUGGGAAUUCUGGACUAGUGGCAUGUUAAGCAAGAUUGGCAGCUUCUGUGGGAACCCAUUAUAUUGUGAUCAAUGCACUAUAAAUAGAACUAAGCUUGCUUUUGCUAGGCUUCUUGUUGAAAUGGAUACAACUGGAAGUUUUCCUGAUACUGUCCAGCUUCAAGAUGAGAAGGGAAAUUGCUUUGUGCAAAGAAUAGUGUAUGAAUGGAAACCAGUUUACUGUGAUAUAUGCAGGAAGAUGGGGCAUUCUAAGUACAAUUGCAGAUCAGUGGUUAAGACUAAGCAGGCUGAGAAGACCAUCCCUGAAGCUAAGUGCUCUGCUCAGAGUUCUGCAGUUAAGGAGGAUGGGGAAUUAAAGGAAAAUAUUGUUGAUCAGGUGGUGAUAGUUGAAAAAAUAGUGCAAUCUCCUCCUGUUAUAGAUGGUGCAGGUACAAUUCCUAAAUCUUCUGUUAAUAAGUUUGAUGUGCUAGCUGAUGAUGAUAGGUCUGUGAUGAGUAAUAGAAAUGAUGGAUAUAUUCCUAUAAAGCAUGAUGUGAUUGUGAAUGAAAAUAGUGUUGAAUUGAAAAAAGACAAGAAUAUUACAGGAGUGAUUGGGCAAGGUAGGAAAAAGAAACCUACCAAACCCUUUGAAUAUGUCUAA